CACCCCUUCUUGUCCAUUUUUGUUUCUCAAAAAAAGACACCGAAAGCGAAGGCAAAACAUCAAUCAGCCGAGAUCUCUCACUCUCUCUCUCCCCCCUACAGUAGAUAUGCCUUCCAUUAAUAAACAAAUCCAAAGUUUCAAUGCCACCAACCCCUCUCCCUCGUUUUCUAUACAAUCCCCACUUUUUCAAGCUUUCUUUAACCAAUGGUUGACCUGAUUCAGGCCUUCCUUUACGAAUACACGUAACUUUAAUAAACAAAAAAGAGAGACAAAAAGAAAACAGAUAUAUAGAUAUAGAGAGAGAGAAAGAGAGAUUUAGAACAGAGAGAGAGAGAUGGGGAAUUCGUUUGGGUGCUCGGCGUCGGGAGAGAGGUUGGUGUCGGCGGCGAGAGACGGCGAUUUGGUGGAGGCGAAGAUGUUGCUUGACUGCAACCCUUUCCUCGCCAAAUACUCCACCUUCGGAGGCCUCAACUCCCCUCUUCAUUUCGCCUCCGCUAAAGGCCACAACGAGAUUGUUGCUUUGUUGCUUGACAACGGAGCUGACGUCAAUUCCAGAAAUUACUGUGGUCAGACAGCAUUGAUGCAAGCGUGUCGAUACGGCCACUGGGAAGUUGUGCAGUCUCUCCUGCUCUUCAAAUGCAAUGUUACAAGGGCAGACUAUCGAAGUGGAAGGACAGCUCUCCAUUUUGCAGCAGUGAGCGGGCAUGUUAGAUGUGUAAGACUUGUUGUGGCUGACUUUGUUCCAAGUGCCCCUUUUGAUUCUAUAAAUGCUCAAUCCAAUGGCGACACAGGUGAUGCCUCCAAUGUUAAGAGCAAACAUGACCGAAGUGCACUGUCCAAGUUUGUAAAUAAGGCUGCUGACGGUGGUAUCACUGCUCUUCAUAUGGCUGCAUUAAAUGGUUAUUUUGAUUGCGUACAGCUUCUACUUGAUCUUCAAGCGGAUGUCUCUUCUGUGACAUUUCAUUAUGGGACGUCAAUGGAUUUGAUAGGAGCUGGAAGCACCCCUUUGCACUAUGCUGCUUGUGGGGGAAAUUUGAAGUGCUGUCAGAUCCUUCUUGCAAGAGGUGCCAGUCGGUUGACUUUAAAUUGCAAUGGUUGGCUUCCUCUUGAUGUCGCUAGGAUGUGGGGGCGUCACUGGCUAGAGCCAUUGCUGGCACCCAAUUCUGACUCAACAAUACCUAUGUUUCUACCUUCUAAUUAUUUGUCUUUGCCUCUCAUGAGUGUCCUAAACAUAGCAAGAGAGUGUGGGUUGCAGCCUUCAACAACCUGUUCUGAUGAUGCUGAGAUCUGUGCUGUUUGCCUGGAGAGAGCCUGUACAGUAGCUGCUGAAGGUUGUGGGCAUGAGCUGUGUGUAAGAUGUGCACUCCACCUUUGCUCAACAAGCAACAUCUCUUCUGAAUUAGUGGGGCCACCAGGGUCCAUUCCUUGCCCUCUUUGCCGAAAUGGAAUUAUCUCUUUUGUCAAACUGCCCGGAUCUUCAGCAAAGGAAAUCAAAAUUCAUUUGUCCCUUAGCCUCUGUACAUCAUGCAUGCUUCACCCUCGCGAAGCAGAUUGUUCAACACCAGCAGCAGCAGCAGUAGCCCGAACGACAGCUAUUCGAAAGAAUCGUGUAGCUUCUGUUUCUUCUGAUCUUUUCUGCCCAGUGACAUGUAGUCCAUUUCCAUCUGUUGCACUUCCUUUGUGCACUUGUAGUGAUGGGCCAUGCCCCUCUUAUGAACCCCGUGAGGUUGAAACACAAGAGUCUCCUCAUCACUCCCAAUCCUCGUCAGUAGACCACGGCAAAAUGGAAGGAGGGGUAAGGCUCGAGAAAACAAGUUGUUCGGGCAUGUUUUGGGGCAGAAGAAGCUGCAGCAGAGAGCACCAGUGCAAUUCAGAAAUAAAUGCGUGACUAGCUUGGUGUAUGAUACUCUGCAUAUUCUGGUGCUGGGAAUUUAGGCAACAGCACAAUUCUCCAUUGGCUUGAUGGUAGUUGGUCUCCCCAUUUUCAGAUGCUAGUAUUUUCAAAUCCGUGUUUGCUUCUGCUGCUGCUUGUGUUGUUGGUUUGGUGCAUGGUGAUAGAUCCAGUUUUGGGAUUACGGUGGUGUUGUUUUGAUGAUGUUUCAAAUUGCUUGAUUAAAAUAUUUAGGGUAGGGCUUGUAAAAUUUUUAUGUUUGGGUUGUAUAUUGAUUGGAAGUGAUGAUGAAUGUGAUCAAAGGGCUGAACAUUUUUUUAGAAAAUGGAAUUAUGUUAUAUAUGAUUCUCAAAUUAAUCUUUAUAUUUCCGCUAAACUUUUCAGAACUAUAUAGGUUUUGAUUUUGUUGCA